AUGGCGACUGGUCUUGGAAAAGAGUUUCCGUUUAAUUUACAAAAUGGAAACGUUCACCACAAAAAGCAACGAGGACGUCAACAACAGAGACGUCGUCAUCUGAAUCGUGUUAUGGACGUGGAGGAAAUAUUGGCGUUACUUGAAGAACUUAAACAAGAACAAGAACAAGAAAAAUUCGAACAAUCACAACGAAUUCGACGCGAACGUGAACAAGAAGAAAAAAGGCAAUUAUCGAAAGCAAGUGGUAUCACGGAAUCUAUAGAUAUAUUAUGUGAAACUUGUGAAAGACUUGCUGGAUAUUCCGAUUUGGAUCCAGAAGCUCAAAGAAAACAGAGAUAUGCUCAACAAAAACGAAGACAAAAAUUACAAAAACGAAUAUUAGAUCUUGAAUUAUUAGUUCAGUUCCUAAAAGAAUUGAAAUUAAAACAAUCAAAUUCAGAUUCUGAUGAAGAAGGCGGUGAAGAGACAGAAGCUCGGUCUAAUUUAUUUCUUUUCUUGUUUUUCGGUAUAUUUGUUUGUUUCGUAUUUUGUGAUUUGUAUAAAUCAUGGUGA